GCUGGCAAUACAUAUGAAGGUAUUAUAUUCUUUUUUUUCAUCAGGCAAUUUUUCUUUUAUCUUUUAAUGAUAUGUAACCGACAUUCUAUACCCGUAUCCCUCUAAUAUAUUUACGCUGGCAGUACAUAAGAAGGUAUUAUAUCCUUCUCUCAUCAGGCAACCCUUUUAAUUCUAUUAGGCGUUAUUUUGACACGAUCGCAGACAUCACGGGGUCUGUUUUUCCAUGAAAGCUAUCGGAUAUUCGAAACUAGGAUCCUAUGGAUAAAUUCGCGUCCAGCCUAGUUUGUCUGGAUAGGCCCUAAACCCGUAGAGGGUUUAGAGCCGUGUAUAGGGCCCUCAUGGAACUUAGGUCCAUUUCUUCUAGUUCAGGCUGCCUCAAGCUCGAGCGUCUAGAGCCGAACAGUCAUCAAGUCCCUUUACCUGUUCAUUAAUCAUUUCAUGAUUUAUGAGGGGGUAAGUUUCAAAAUCCCAAUUAUUACCAUGCAGCUCUGGGAGGAUUUUGUCAAAGUGUCCUUUCUCUGCUUUUUCCCAUUUCAAAUUUGUGUUUUUGCUCGUUACUCUGUCUUUUGCGCUGCUUUUGCUAUCUUGCCCUUUCUUUUCCCUGUAAUCUCGAUUUUCCAAUUCGAGGUAUGUCUUGCUCCUCCCAUGACUUCUUCUAGGAUUUCUAAGGUAGUCGAUUCAAUCUAUUUUGUUAUCCCUUCUUUCUUUUCCCAUUUUUUCUCUCGUGACCUUGUCGAUACCUUGAUCUUUAAAAUUAGGGCUUCCCAGCCUAAUGAGCGCAUCAUUCUCUCUAACCCACUCUCGGUGGGCUUGAUGGACGCUCAACAGAUGCGCAAUCAAACAGCACGAAUUCGGGCUAACAUUCCCCUUUAUCCCCAUUCUCAUCGAGGUCUUCCAUCAUUUUAGGGUGACUCCUCAAAUGUUGUCUCCCAACUCUAUCUUAUUCAUGUGUUGCUUUGAGUCCAUCUGUCUAUGUUGGGGUUUUGCUCCUUCUAUCGAGUUGUUUUGUACUUUCUUCUGCCUAGUUAGAUCUAACAAUGAGUUUUACUAUUUUGGCCCUCGAGCUGGAUUGUCUAUAUUCACGAGGUAUAAGGAUUCAAUUUAUUGUUGUCGAGCUGAAGAAGAGCUUAGCGAUUAACUGAGAUAUUGACCUCUCAUGGGGGGAGGUGCCUCAGGGUUGUAAUGAAUUCCCUAGGUUGAACCUUAUAGAUCAAAUCUGCCUUCUUCGACUAAUCUCUGUAAAGAAUAAAUAUGGUGUCAAGAAAUGCAUAUUUAUGUCCAACCUCUAUGACUGCCAGCAAGCUGGUAUCUUUUAAUUUUUCCCCUUUGUAUUCUUCUUUUGUUAUUUUGAGCUCUGAUUAAACUAGUUUUUUCUUUUCAGCUUCCGACAUGCCAAUCAAUAGGUAACAUUAAGCUCCUCAAAAACUUCACCUUGUCCAGGGAGAGCAUGAAGGACAGCUUGGCCACUUCCAAAGCUAACAAGUCUAUCACUAAUGUGGCCAGGGAGGUUUUUUAGGCUGCAACUCUUGCAUCAUCAGCUCGCCCCUCUACAAGUACCACCAUAACUUCCUUGGCUUUAGUGCCAGUGUCGAGGGGCUAUCAUUCUGCGGCCUCUUGGACAUUGGUCCCUCCCAAGACACCGGACUUUUCUAAGGCUUCACCUACUCUAAAAGAAGUUCCCAAGGAGUCUAUCAUGGUUAGUGAGUUAGCAGAGAGCAGCUUAGAGGAGGGCACCAGGUCUCCUCCCUUGAAUGUUUCUUCCAUCAGUGCUGUGGGUGCUAUUACCAUUGAGAGCAAGGUUGCUCAGCGUGCCAGAACUUUAAAAGUCACAGAGGCAAUCCUUUCUUCUCCUAUUGAUAAGCGGAAGAAGGUAGUAGAGAACUUGUCUUCUACCCCAGAUAACGAGCUGCUGAAUGGUACCGAGGUCAAUGUUGAAUCGACGCUGGCCUCCAUGGCUGAGAUGCUAUGCGACAAGAUAUUUAAGGUGGCUCUAGAUGUUUCUGACCCCCAUUCUCUAGCCCUUAUCAGCCAUCUGGUCUAUGCCACUAAACAACAGGCGGCUUUCAGCUUGCAUCCCAUAGAGGCCCUUGGAGACAGUCUAAGAGAGAUGCUCCUUAUGUCUUUUGGCAUGUACAUGGAUAUUGAUGUCCGAAAUCGAUCUCUCUAGGGCUCUAUGGACUGUCGUAUUGAGGAGGGGCAUCGAGAGGAGAACCUGCUUGCUACGGCUGAGGCCCAUGGGCAUAUUAUUGAAUUCAAGGGGCAAAUCGAAGACCUCACUAAGCAACUGGAGGAGGUUGUUAAGUCAUCUCAAUAGAACUCUGUGGCGAAGUCUCAAUGAGAUGAAGCCCUUGCACAAUUGUCUAUUUUGGAGGAGACUCGCCAUCAACGUGCUGAGGCCUAGGCUCAGCACGACGAGGUCUUGAGCUCAACAAAUAUAUUGAUGACCUAAAAAGUAUGACCUCAGUAGUGGAGAAGUAUCAACUUCAGCAACAACAACUCCGCCAAGAGGUUUCUACUUUGGAGGAGAGGUGUGUCUCUCUACUGAGGGAUGCUAGGGCUGUAGAAGAUAGAGUUUAGCAGGCAUGCGAAGAACGGCUGGGAGAAUACAAGAACUCAACGGAGCUAAAGGAGAAGAUAUACAGGGAGGCCUUCCGUAUGUUUGCUUCGGGCUACAACCAAGGCCUCAAAGCUGCCUGUGAUGCCCUCUCCAUUUUGUUAGCUGACUUACGAGCUCCAGAGGUCAAUUCUGAUAGCGAGAAGGUCUGCUACGGAGAGGAUGACAACCCUUUUCCUAAGAACCUCCCUCCUUUGCCCUCUAUAUAGCAGGAGGGCAGCCUUUCUAGGUCCUUUGGAAAUAAUGAUCUAGGUAGCUAUACUCCCCCUUCCCCUGCUACUUUUGUCACAAACCCUAAUAGUGUAGGGAAAGAAUAAAUAAAUAAAUAAAUUUACUUUUAGGCCUU